UAGCUAAAUGCUAACGUCGCUCCAUCGUCUGUUUUGAAAUGUUACUGGCUUGAAGCAGCACGACAGAAAUCCUCGUAAAGCAAGCCCGGUGUUUUUUGUACAGUGACAAUACUCGGAUGUGAAUAUAACUUUGGUCAUAAUAACAGGAUGGACUGCCACGGAGAGGAAGAUGGAGAAUUGUGCAAAUGGACCAGUUCAGUUCUGCUGAGCAGCAAAAAUGACCUCAGAGCACGAGUGCAACAGUUUGUGGAAGAGAGGAUGCAGACCACCAUGCUCACAGGUGUAGUGAUUGGAGCUGCAGUUGCAAUCUCACUCAUUGGCAUUGUGGUGCUCUUCCUUUACAGGAGAUUCAAGCUUGCUCGUGAACAACAGCCCGGUGUACCUCACUAUCGCUUCAGAAAAAGAGAUAAAGUGCUCUUCUAUGGAAGGAAGAUAAUGCGAAAGGUCCAGACGCUGUCCUCGACUCCUCCCCCAACCUCCACCUCAGUAUCAAAGCAACCACAGCGAAUACGCAAAAGAACCAAAGUUCUGAGCAUAGCUCGCAAAAUCCUUAGGAUCCGUAAAGACCCCCCCACCCUGCAGCCAAAGGAACCCCCUCCCUCACUGCUGGAGGCCGACCUAACAGAGUUUGAUGUGCAGAGCUCAAACUUGCCUUCUGAAGUCCUCUACAUGCUGAAGAAUGUCAGGGUCUUGGGUCAUUUUGAGAAGCCCCUGUUUCUGGAGCUGUGUCGCCACAUGAUUUUCAUUGAGCUACAGGAAGGAGAAGGUCUGUUCAGACCAGGAGACGAUGACGAUAGCAUCUACGUGGUCCAGGAUGGACGACUCGAGCUCUGUAUCCAGGAAAAUGAUGGUACAGAACCGGUUGUGAAGGAUGUUCUUCCAGGAGACAGUGUCCACAGCCUGCUCAGUAUUCUGGACAUCAUCACUGGUUAUCCAGCGCCAUAUAAGACCGUAUCGGCGCGGGCUGCAACGCGCUCCACCAUAUUACGUUUAUCUGCAUCGGCCUUUGAGUCAGUAUUCAAGAAAUACCCAGAGACGCUUGUGCGCGUCAUUCAGAUAAUCAUGGUGCGCCUCCAAAGAGUCACCUUCUUGGCGUUACAUAACUAUCUGGGCCUAACAACUGAGCUCUUCAAUCCGGACAGCCAGGCAGUGCCUUUGACCAAUAUUAACAGUGUUUUGGCAGAGGCAAAUUCUGGGAAGACAACCCGUCGCUUGCACUUUCAGGAUGAGUUACCUGCCUGCUCGACGGAGAGCCCUGCAGAGACAGAUGGUGUAAAGGACAGCCCGUCGAACAGCUACAGGAAGCUGCGUUCCGUCUCAAUGCCCACCGACUGUGCAGGUAAUGACCUGAACAUGGCUUGUGAACGAGCUCGAGUCACUAUAGAUGAUGCUCCAUCCAGCCCUGUUACUCAAAAGUCCAGUCUGAAGAAGAGCGUGACAAUGCAGCCCACGCCCUCUGAAGUGUUUCACUACACAGACAGCGGGGGGCACUCUGAUGCCAUCUACCUCAGCAAGAGCAACACAAUCCUCCAGGCUGCUAAGAAGGACCUGCUGGGAAUAAUCCAGCUGCAGGAUCCGACUCUGCUUGAGGGCAGAGUGACACUCCAUCAAGUCAAAGCUGGUUCUGUGGUAGCUCGUCAGGGAGACCAGGAGGUGAACAUCCAGUUUGUGAUUUCUGGCCUCCUCCACGUUUACCAGCGGAUGAUUGACCGUGAGGAAGAGACUCGUCUGUUCGUGACGCACCCGGGAGAACUUGUGGGCCAACUUGCCGUCCUGACCGGAGAGCCUCUCAUAUUCACUGUCCGAGCUCAGCGAGACUGCAGCUUCCUGUCCAUUUCCAAAACCCACUUCUAUGAGAUAAUGCGUGUGGAGCCAAAAGUAGUGCUGAAUGUUGCUCACACAGUGGUGAGGAGGAUGUCAUCUUUUGUUAGACAGAUAGACUUUGCUCUCGACUGGAUGGCCGUGGAAGCUGGCAGGGCCGUCUACAGGCAGGGAGAGAAAUCAGACAGUACUUUCAUAGUGCUGAGUGGUCGACUUCGCUCUGUAAUCAUGAAGGAGGAUGGCAAGAAGGAGCUGAUAGGAGAGUAUGGACGCGGUGACCUGAUUGGAGUGGUGGAAGCCCUGACCCAUCAGAACAGAGCCACCACGGUGCAUGCCGUAAGAGACUCGGAGCUGGCCAAGCUACCAGAAGGAGCUCUCAGUUCUAUCAAGAGGAAGUUCCCACAGGUUGUCACCAGGUUGAUCCACUUACUAGGACAGAAGAUCCUCCAGCAGGUUAAUGGUCCUCUGACAGCUCGCAGUUUGGCCCUGCACACUCCAGGCAGUAAAUGGGAUGCAGGGAACCAAGCCUCCAACCUCUCAACUGUUGCAGUCCUGCCUGUAUCAGAGGAGGUUCCUCUCACUGCCUUUACCUUGGAGCUACAGCAUGCACUCAUUGCAAUAGGCCCCACUCUUCUGCUGACCAGUGACAUUAUCAAACAGCGACUUGGAGCUGCAGCACUAGACAGUGUCCAUGAGUACCGUCUGUCCAGCUGGCUGGGCCAACAGGAAGACAUCCAUCGUAUAGUUCUCUACCAGACGGACUACACACUGACCCCAUGGACACAGCGGUGCAUUCGUCAGGCUGACUGCAUCAUCAUCGUGGGACUAGGGGAGCAGGACCCUGCCGUUGGGGAGCUGGAGCGUAUGUUGGAGGGGAGUGCAGUGCGUGCCCAGAAGCAGCUGGUGCUGCUGCACAGAGAAGAUGGCCCCCCGCCCAAAGGAACUGUGGACUGGCUGAACAUGCGAAGCUGGAUCUCCAGACACCUCCACCUCUCGUGUCCCCGAAGGGUCUUCUCCAAGAGGAGCUUGCCCAAACUGUUGGAGCUGUAUCAACGUGUGUUUGAGAAGCCAGCAGACCGCCACUCUGACUUCUCCCGCCUGGCUCGAGUCCUCACGGGCAAUGCUAUUGCCCUUAUUCUGGGAGGAGGAGGGGCAAGGGGUUGUUCUCAGGUGGGGAUACUGCGAGCUCUCUGCGAGGCUGGCAUCCCAGUGGACCUCAUCGGGGGCACUUCCAUCGGUUCCCUGAUGGGGGCACUGUAUGCUGAGGACCGCAGCCACAGCCGCAUGAGGAUGAGGGCCAGAGAAUGGGCAAUGGAAAUGACAUCAGUGUUUAAAAAGGUCCUGGAUUUGACGUACCCAGUCACCUCCAUGUUUUCUGGCGCCGCUUUCAACUCCAGCAUCAGCAAUGUUUUCAAGAGUAAACAGAUCGAGGACCUUUGGAUCCCAUACUUCAAUAUCACAACAGACAUCACUGCCUCGGCCAUGAGAGUACACACUGAUGGUUCUCUGUGGCGGUAUGUUCGUGCCAGCAUGUCUCUUUCUGGGUAUCUGCCUCCUCUCUGUGACCCCAAAGAUGGACACCUACUGAUGGAUGGAGGCUACAUCAACAACUUGCCAGCCGAUGUUGCGCGCUCCAUGGGGGCCAAAGUGGUGAUAGCUAUCGACGUGGGCAGCCGGGAUGAAACUAACCUCACUAAUUAUGGCGACUCGCUCUCAGGCUGGUGGCUGCUAUGGAAACGCCUCAACCCCCUAGCUGAGAAAGUAAAGGUGUUGAACAUGGCAGAGAUUCAGACUCGGCUGGCCUACGUGUGCUGUGUGAGGCAGUUGGAGUCUGUGAAGAACAGUGACUACUGCGAGUACAUCAGACCUCCAAUCGACAGAUACCGUACUCUGGAGUUUGGCAAGUUUGAUGAGAUUGCUGAGGUGGGAUACCAGCACGGCAAGACUGUGUUUGACGUGUGGAGGCGCAGUGGAGUGGUGGAGAAAAUGUUGAAGGACAGACACCAGGAGGAGUUCCACAACACGCAAAGCAACAACAACGUGGUAACGUGUCCCAAUGCCUCCUUCACUGACCUGGCAGAAAUUGUGUCCCGCAUCGAGCCUGUCAAACCUCCUGUGGUGGAUGAGGAGUCAGACUACCACACUGACUAUGAAGAGGAGGCAGUGGAGAGCGCUCUGUCUGACAUGGAGCUGUACAAUCGAUACGGAGAUCACACUGAAGGGGAGGAGACAGUUGACACGGAUGAAGAGCUGGAAGGGAGACGUACAUGCCGCAAUACCUCACUCACAAGUAGCCACUCGCAGUCCCCAACCGUCCCUGACACUCCACCGGACGUGCCGUCAAACCAGGAAGUCCUUUCCAGGCAGUCAGUUAAGUGAAGAGCGGUCAAAUGAACUCUGCCUGAACAGGUCAUUGCAAUUUAACCUGUCUGUCUUUGCCACAUUUUACCCUCCAGUCUGUCCUACGCUGACUCACAACCUGCUCCCUGCCCCUGAGACGGUCAGAGUAACCGUGAUUACCAUUUUGCCGGAUGUAAACUGGCCUCAUUAGCUGUGUGGUUGACAUUACAAAUGACAGUCCCCCAUGAAUCUCAGUACGGGCAUCAAGUAUAACAUUUACUCAGCUGUAAGUCCUAUGCAUUCCUAGUCCAUACAAGAGCAGCUGCAAGCCUAAUUAUUUCUCAUAUUGAGAUAGUUAAGAUUACUGUGUAGCUUUACAUGAAUCACACCAGUCCAGUGGAAGACAACAAGAAGAUAAGGAGAGGUAAGGAGAUAUUAUAUCUAUGAAAUAUUUAUCACAUAGCAACUAAUAAUAGAUUUGAGGUAGUUAAAGGGUCAGUUCACUUAUAAACAAACAAGUGCUUUUUCACCUCUGUUAUCUAGACAUGGAGGUAGUUUCAUUUACGUAUCCAUCUGCCCCACAAAGCUUUAAAUAUUACAUUAAAAAAAAACAGCAGAGCGACAGCAGCAUCAUUUCCUGACUUUUCACAGCCCCCCUGCUUGUCAAAUAGUGGACAUAUUCACCUCUUCAAGCCACAGAAAAUCUUUCAAAUGAAAGAGUCCAAUAAGGCAAAAUCAGUCUGCUCACAAAUCCUGUCCACAAUGAGGCCAUAACCUAUGAUGAGGGGUCACAAGUAGACAUUACUUUAUGUUGAAAGGGUCACAAGCUAAAAAUGAUGGCAGCUGCUACUUUGAAUGAUCACACAGAUCCAAUGCAAACUGUUGAUAGUUAUGUCUGUGGUAAAUUUUUAUUUAUAUGCAAACAUGCAUAUGCAUGAACUGACCCUUAUAUACAGACUAAAACAUGCCAGUGCAUGCCAAAACACUGCAAAGGCUACAUUAAAGGACAGGUUCAGAUUAUGCCUAUAUGAACACAGAAGGAGUUAUUAGUUACUGUAAUCAUUCCACCUCCUCCGUGCUGGAGGCAAAUUGAUGCCCUUCUGGUACUUUGGGACAUUAAAUAGAGGCUGAGCCUGAACCAAAGAGCACAGGGUCUGUGAGCAGGCAUGCGAACCCAGUGAACUGUAUCUCGUAAAAUGCAACUCGUGUCUUAACUGCCCUUGCAGAGCGCAUGGUGAUGGGGUGUGAAGAGGGCCAUUUCAUUCACCCAGUGUGCCAUAGAUUCUGUCAAAUCGACAUGUAAAGUGCGAUUGCUUUAGGAGAUAAGUUACAAAAUCCACAGUCCUCAUUCUGUUAAAAAAAAAAAAACACUUUCUAAAAUUCAUUCGAAGCUAAAAUGAGGUUUCAGCAGUCUGAGUUUGACAGAUCAAGUGGAUUUCUUUCAAGGGUACAGUCUUUAGUACAAAAUCCCCUCUUGGCGUCUCGCUAAACAGUGUUUCAUUGCUGAGCUGAGCUAAUUACAGCGACCAGUAACUCUCUUCACUGUAAAUGUAGGCAUGUGAGUUUAGGAUUGGUGGGGAAAAAAAAAUGUGAACCCAUCCUUUAAGUGUUUUGUACACUUCAGUCUGUUUAAUGAUCCUCACCAACACUCGCUUGGCAAACAACACUAAUUUAAAAAACAGGGAGCAAAGCAAGCAGCACACUCCACGGCCAUGGCUGUCAGCACAGUUUUGUCAUACCCAGUGUGCCAGGGACACCGAGGGAAGUAAUGAUUGCAGUCCACUUCAAAGCACUAGUUUCCCUCUUGGCUGGUGAGACAGAACCCCCCCCCACCCCACCCCCAAAAAAAUCUGUUUCUGCUUUGAAUCUAUCAAACGCAGACUGAGCAGCAGACAGUGCAGAUCUGUUGGAUGAACUCUGAAGCUCCACUCAUCUCAGUACAGCUUAUGCAGAGGGGCUGUUUGCGGGGCAGUUCUUCACAGAAACAUGCUGUAACACAAAUUAUUUGGCUUGUCAAAAUGUCCUGUAGCUUUUUUUUUUUUCUCUCCCUCUGUGAUUUGGAUCUAAUUUGUAUUUAUUUUGAAACUGGAAAACAAAAAUACUGCCAUUAAGAUGAUCAGAUUUUUGAAUAAUUAAAUAGUAUAUAUUUAAACGAAGAAUGUAAACAACCUAAGCCGUAGAUAAUUUUAUGCACAAGUCACGACAGCUGGACAAUCAUUCCAGAAAUGCAAUGCAAUGCACAAUUAUACUAACAAACUGUUAUACAGCUUUGAUUAACAUGCCUCUCUGUGACACUAUACCGUCUUUAUAGGGUUAACGUCAUCUUAAUCGUAACUACAGCUGCACUAAUGAUUAAUGAUCAUUAACAAUUAAUGUGAUUUUUUUUUUAAUUGAGAGAUUAGUUUUUUUAGUUUUUAAAAUGUCAAAAAAAUUGUUUCAAAAACAGCUUCAGUCUAAAACCCAAAGAGAUUCAGUUUCCUACGUAAGACAAAUGUAAAGCAGGAACCAUCAAAUGAAAAAUGACUAACAAUUAAUUGAUUUUCAGAAUAGUUUGAUUUGUUUUCUGUUGAUUGUUUCAGCUUUAAUUACUGUAUCACCUGAGCCACUAUUACCAAUACUGAUCUUUGAUAUUGAUACCAAUAAUUUUUGAGAGUGUAAAACUCAGACAACAAUACAUGGGCAGAUAUUUUCAUGUUAAUGCAUAACAAAUUGAUUGCAGUUGAAAAAUAAUCUUGCCAGUGCUCUCUGGCAGACGAACGACACGAUGGCUUCACCAUUUUUUAAACUACUCUCAACAUAUUUUUUACAUUUCUGUACCUCAGUUUACUUGUUACUUAUCAGCUGACACAUACUAGAGAUCACAAUACCCAUUUACCAUGCAAUAAGCUAAUAUCAGCUGGCCGAGUUUAUUGGUCGGGCUCCAUUUAUUAGUUUACCAUUGUGACUUUGAAUUUUUUUUUUUUCUUCCCACUUGAUAUAGCAUCCUGUGAGCCUCACUCUGUGAAGCUGUGAGCUUCAUAAAUACUGGUGCUACAGUGCCUGUAGCCUUACAUGUGUGGAGAGUCAGUGAAACAUAUGUUUUUGGGUUAAAUGGAGUCCGGACACAGAGUAUGUGUGAGCAAAAUGGGAGAGAGGGAAAACGCCUGUCGUUUACCAAUGAGCUGUUGGUGUUUGCACUGUGUUACUUUUUGUACUUUUGGGUGGUUUCCAAAAACCGAGCACAAUGAAUUGAUGUUUUCUGGCAGAAUGAAUGUUUCACUACUUUAUUAAAUGGAUAAAGUGCUUACGUAAUGUAUGGAGCUGUGCCAUGAAGCUAAUGUAACAAAGCCUUAGAUGACCCAUAUGGAAAAACAACCACUCGUGCCCUCAUUUGGCAUUCACUUUGAUGACUAAUAUACAAUGAUGAAUGAAGUUUACCAAUAAGCCUGUACUGUAUGAUAUCUAUUACUCGUCUAUAUUUAUGUUAUUUGAUAAUUAUUGUUAAUGAUAAUCAAUUGUUACUAAUAAACCACUGUUUGUU